GACUGCGGCUCCUCUUUGGUUAAUCCGGACUCAGAUAACGAACAAACAGAACAAAUAUCUCAACCACUUUCGCGACGAAAGUCUUCGUUAAACGAGAUAAACAUUGCGUCCAUUAAUUGUGAACACAAUAACAAUAAUAAUAACACGAGUGCCAGAAAUACAGCCAAUAAUGUAAACGAAUCACAAAACCAUCGAUUGGUGGGCCAACACGUGUUCAAUAAUAGUGACAACGAUUCCGACUACGAAGACGUCAAAUAUGAUGCUGAAUAUGACGAUCAAAAUACUAGUGAAAACAAAACUGUUGUCAAUUUUAUUGAAUACAAAUAUUUAGUCAAUCUUUUUAAUGACUCGUGUGAUGGAAGAGUCGGCGAUUAUAUGCGGUCUAUAGUAAAAGACUUUCGGUAUAUAUUCUCGUUAACUCUGUUGAUGAUAGCGAUGGUAAUAGUGGUGAAAUCAUUGGUGCCGAUAGCCUUUCCCUGCGAGUGUCGACAUAGUCAGUCCAAUUCAGUGAUCAUUUCCUACUAA